AUGUACCUCAAGCUUCAACUCCUUUCCACUGCAGUCUCCGCCUUAUUUCUGUUGCUGCUCCCGUUUCGUUUAUCAAAGCUACACACAGAAACAGUCAAGGUCGUUCCAGAGUACCGCCGCGAUAUCAAAAUAGCGAUUGCCUUUGCACUGCUAGUGGUACAAUCGAUCGUGUUGAUCACAGCACUAUUGCCCACCUCCCAAGUUGACAUUGAUUUUUUAUCUGUCCUCACCUCCUUCAUAUCUUAUAUAGGUCUAUGCCCAUUGCUGUUCCUGGAGCACACACGGUCUAUCAAACCAUCAGAUCUUGCAGUCGUCUACCUGCUCACAUCUCUGGCGUGCGACGCUGCUGAGCUGGGAACAACCGCGUAUCAAGAUGUGACCUUCCCGGCUGCCUUAGGCGUGAUAGCCAAACUUUGCAUCAAAUUUCUGAUUCUGGUGGUCGAAAGCCGAGAAAAGGGGGGGAUAUUGCGACGUCAAUAUGGCCAAUGGCCCCCAGAACAGCUGGCUGGAGUCUUGAGCAGGACUUUCUUUUGGUGGAUCAAUUCGAUUCUGGCUAAAGGAAGCCGAGAUAUCCUCACUGGAGGCAGCCUUCCACCGAUUGACCACAAGCUUUCUUCAAAGCUGCUGCGGCAUCGGGCGCUGAAAGCUUGGGAUCAGAGAGCGACCUCCAAGGCCUUGUAUCAGCACCGCCUGAACCGGCUCAAAGUCAUGAUCAGGGGCGCGGUUGUCGGUCUUAUCAACUGCAAGUCUUUGGGCCAGCAGUCUGGCAGCUACGACGAUGGAAGAGCCGUGACUCUCAUAAGCACCGAUGCAGAGAGCGUGGGCAACAGUGCGCAGAUGUUCCAUGAAACAUGGGCGCAGGUCAUCGAGGUCGUAUUGGGCACACUGAUGUUGGCUAGGGAGGUCGGUUGGAUUUGUCCGGUUCCGCUUGUGAUCAUCUUCUCAAAUGCUCUUGGCAUCUUUUCUCCAAUUAUUACAUUUGUGCUCUUCGUCGUUUUGGCACAUUGGGACGGGGUCAAACUUAACACCGAGACCGCAUUCACAACUACCGCACUGCUCGGAUUGGUGACGCACCCUGCCAACAUGAUCAUGUCGAUUGUACCACAAGCAAUGGGCUCACUGGCAGCUUUUGACCGAAUCCAGCAGUAUCUCCUACAGCCGCCCCGAUGUGAUCAACGACUGAUAUUGAAGAGGGUGGACAACGAUGCCAAAAGGAUUUCGCCAGCCAUUUGCAUGGCGGAUGUGGCCAUUCAGAACACUUCAUCAACGCCCCCUAUUCUCAGUGAUAUCAAUCUUGUUAUUGACAGGGGAUCAAUUGUUAUUUUCUCCGGACCGGUUGGGAGCGGCAAAACAACAUUGGCGAGAGCAAUCAUGGGUGAAAUUCCUACGGCUGGCGGAACAAUAUCGGUGUCUUCGAAGCGUAUAGGUUACUGUGAACAGGUACCUUGGCUGUCAAGUGGAACUCUCAAGGAGGCCAUCUGUGGUUUCUCGCCGGAAGAUCAACGCUGGUACGACCAAGUUGUCCGACUAUGCUGCCUCGACGAUGACCUUUCAGCGCUGCCCAAUGGAGACCACACCAUGAUAGGAAGUCGGGGGCUAAACCUUUCUGGUAGGCAAAGGCAACGCGUAGCUCUCGCCCGCGCCGUAUAUGCCCGUUGCGAGAUCGUGCUUUUGGAUGAUAGUUUCAGCGCCCUUGAUGGCAAAACAGAAAGUUGUAUCGUCAACAACCUUCUCAGUCCAGGGGGUCUCUUUAGACAAAUGCGAACAACAGUCUUUCUCAUAACCAACUCUGCUACGCACUUCUCCUUGGCAGACUGGCUUGUUGUACUCGGAGAUGCUUCAAUCAAAUACCAAGGAACAUGGGCUGACUUGAAAGAAAAACCUGAGAACAUCCUGAAAGUCCAUGUUGCUGAGACCGAUAACAACAGUGCUGAAGAAAAGCAUCCGGUGAAUGAGGCUGUACAGAGUAAGAGACUGGACGUGGCCGAGGCCGUCUCCGAUCUCAGUCGGGCAACGGGGGAUAUCUCACUCUAUGGCUAUUACCUUCAAUCCGCGGGCUUGCGCAACCUCCUUAUCCUUCUCGCUUGCACGUCGUCAUACUCAUUCUUCGUGACAUUUCCCCAGUAUUGGCUUCAAAAAUGGACUGAGGCGCUAGCGUCCCAAAUGAUGUUUUACGUCGGGGGCUAUCUCAUCUUAUCUCUCAUGGCAUGGACUUCCACCAACGGCUCUAUGUGGUCAACGUAUAUCCUUAUUGCACCUGAGUCAGGAGCUGAACUACACCGCCGCCUUCUUUCAACUAUUAUGGGGGCCUCACUGUCCUAUUUCUCGAUCACUGACACAGGAAUGAUACUCAAUCGUUUCAGCCAAGAUAUUCAACUAGUCGACAGACAACUGCCACCGGCCAUUUUGUCCAUCUCGAACCAGAUUUUUAAGCUGCUCGUGCAAGCUGCCUUACUGUUCAGUGCACAGAAGCUACUGUCAUUGACAUUUCCACUCUGCGUGGCGGUUGUAUAUUUUGUGCAGAGGAUAUACCUGCGAACAUCGCGGCAGUUGCGAUUACUCGAUCUCGAGUCACAGUCGGCAGUAUACUCAAGCUUUUUGGAAUCAGUUGAAGGCAUCACGACGAUCCGGGCCUUCGGGUGGGAGAAAGCAGUCGAGGAUGCAAAUAUUAAAUCACUGGACAUAUCUCAGCAGCCGUCAUAUAUUCUGCUUUGCCUCCAACAGUGGCUGGGUAUUGUUCUCGAUCUAGUGGUUGCCGCUAUAGCAACAGGUCUCAUCACUCUUGCUGUUCUGAUGAGUGAUACGACGACCGCCGGACAAAUUGGCAUGGCAUUGAAUAUUGUUUUGGUUGCAAACACGACCCUCCUCGGACUGGUAACAUCAUGGACAAACCUGGAGAUAUCUUUGGGCGCUAUAUCUCGUUUGAAGAAUCUAGAGGCCAAUACACCGACAGAAGACAAACCUUGCGAAAGCUACACACCUGUCGAGGCUUGGCCAUCAUCCGGAGUCGUCGAGUUCGAUGAUGUUACGGUAGCAUACAAUCCAGAUGCAAUAGCUUUACAGAAUGUCAACCUAAAAAUCUCGGCUGGCCAACAAUCAAUCGUGUGUGGCCGUACAGGCAGAUGUUUCAUAACAGUCGCCCAGGAUCCAUUCGUGCUGGCUCAGGCCAGUCUUCGCUUUAAUCUUGAUCCCACCGCUUCCCUCCCAGAUGAGACCAUCAUCGCAGCUCCUCAGAGAAUACGCCUAUGGUCACACUUCAAUUCGGGAGUUUCUGCACCUUCGACUUCGAAAACCCGCCAGAUCCUGAACAGCUCGGUCGCUUCUUUGCCGCAGAUGUCUGUAGGCCAAGAGCAAAUGAUCACACUGGCUCGAGCCAUUCUCCAACUUCAGGUUUUGAAUGGUGCUUCGAGCUUAGCGAAAGCUCAACUGAAUCGUGCAAAGAUUAUGCCGAUUCUUCUACUCGAUGAGGCUACUUCAUCACUCGACCCAGAAACCGAAGCUGCCAUGCGUAGUAUCAUAGAUCAAGAGUUCACGGAAAAAGGACACACCAUCAUUGCCAUUACACACAGGUUGAGUGGCUUGACUGAGAACGUGCGGGCGGGGCAGGAUAUGUUUGUCCUGCUGUCCAAGGGGAAGAUCGAGAGAAUUGACAGGGUGGAGGAUUACUCUUCCCCUAUAUCGAAGCGGCUCUCAAUAUAUGGCCCAUCGCUGUUGGAGGAGGUGGUGGAGGAGGAGGAGGAGGAAGAGCUUGAUGUUAAUUGGCGACGCCGUAUAUCGACUUGA